CUAUGUUUUCUCAAUAGGUACAAGGAGUUGAUGACAGGAAAGACUGCCAGAGAGAUCAUCACUAUUUUAUGGAUCCUCUCCUUUGUCAUUGGCCUCAUCCCCUUCUUUGGCUGGAACCGGAAGCAUACCAUUUGUGCGAAAAUCAGGAGAGACAACACGUCAAACACUAGCCUCACGCAAGAACUGAGCGCUGGAGACAACAUAAUAAGUUGUGAACUCCCGUGUUAUUUCGAGAGUGUGGUGGACAUGCACUACAUGGUCUACUUUAACUUCUUUGUCUGUGUGCUGGUGCCACUGCUUAUCAUGCUGGGCAUCUACAUGAAGAUCUUCACUGUGGCCAGGAAUCAGCUGAGGCAGAUCGAGCUCAAGUGUGUGGGGAACGGGGACAGCCAGAACCACGGGCUGCUGCAGAGGGAGAUCCGUGCUGCCAAAUCCCUCUCCAUUAUUGUGGGACUGUUCGCCGUCUGCUGGCUGCCGGUCCACAUCCUCAACUGCCUCACACUGUUUUACAAGCAGCUGGAUAAGCCGAAGGUGGUCAUGUACGUGGCCAUUUUAAUGUCUCAUGCCAACUCCGCAGUCAACCCCAUCAUCUAUGCGUACCGCAUCCGGGACUUUAGGAACACCUUCCGCAAGAUCCUGGCCCAACACUUCCUUUGCCGCAGGGAGGAGCUGUACCUAAGCUCCAACAGCAGCAGACACAACAGAGACCAAAUCAACAUGACCAUCGACCCUCUGCUAUAGUUGUUCCGAGGAAGAACAUCAAUAUCUAUGUCAACUCUGUUGUUUCACUCUUGAAUUUUAUUAUUACUGAGGUUUACAAUGUUUACAGAACAAGCGUGUGAUGGGCAAAGAUGGACUAAUGUCAAACGCGACUUGAAUGUGGACAUUUAUUUAUGAAUUGUGCCAAGUAUUCAGGGGUCAAGCAGUGAACUGUUGAAUGGUCUUCAUAGUCUUAUAUCACUUUGGUAUUGUGAAGGAUUUGUGUUUGUUUGUUUGUUCUUUUAAAUGAAGUAACUGGAUUUGUUGG